CCCCCCUGGAGGCCGGCGGUGCUGUGGGACCGGGUGACCCUGACCUGCCAGGGCUCGGGGACUGCCAGUGCCACCACCUGGUACAGAAACGGGCAGCGCUGGGGGCAGCAGGGACGCACUAAUGUCACUGUCACUAUGAAAGGCAUUUACCGCUGUGACAGACCUGGAACUGGGCUCAGCCCCCCUGUGAUUGUCUCAGAAGAUGAUCUGGUGCUGCAGGUGCCGGCGCGGGCGCUGCUGGAGGGGGACACGGUGACACUGCGCUGCCGGGGCUGGCGGAACAGCACGGUCACCUCGGUGUCCUUCUACCAGGAGGGGAAGGAACUGGGGGUGUUCCCCAAUGUCACUGAGCUGUCCCUGUCCCCUCUGCAGCUGAGUCACAGUGGCCACUACAGCUGCAGGGGCAAGGUGGGAUCCUGGGGGUUGAGGGAGUCACCACCAGUGACAGUGACAGUGCACGUGCCCGUGGCCAAUGCCACCAUCACCCCCUGUGCCCUGGACGUGACACCGCAGGACACAGGGACACACAGGGACACAGUGGCCGCAGGGGUCAGUGGGGCCCUUUUGUUCCUGCUCCUGCUCGUGGGUGUCAUUGUGGCCUGGAACUGGUGGCACCGUGUGGCUGCCAGGAAGAACCAGGAAAGGGCCCCCCCGGAUGCCCCAGCCGCCCCAGAGCAGGGGGAGGUGCUGUACACCCACGUCGUGGUCACCAAGAGGGCAGAGGUGUCCCCCCGUGCCACCACCCUCCAGCAUCCCCAGGUGACCUACGCAGAGCUGCAGGGACUCCAGGGGCGACCGCGGGAACACAGUGACAUCUACGGGAAUGUGCUGUGACACUGGGGGGAACUGGGGGCACUGGGGGUCCCCACCCAUGGGCACCCACUCGUGUCUGUGCUGCCACUAAAAACUGCCCCAAUCCCUCCCCGUGGGGGCACAAAGAUGCCAAAGGGCUGAGAGAAGAACAAUU